CAUCUUGUGGAGGGCAGAGACGAAUCACUCAAAGGCAAAACAAAAAAAAGAGGCUGUGGGUCCAUAGCAUGGGAGCGCUAUGUUGUCCAGGAAAGGACUCAUUCCUGAAGAUUACUUGCUCACUCGUCUGGCUGAGAAUGUCCUGCAGCCAAAGUUCUUUAAGGCCAAAUCGGGGAAAGCAAGGUUCGUGGCCAAAAACGGCACCUGCAAUGUAGCGCACACCAACAUCCGAGAACAGGGUCGAUUCUUGCAGGACGUCUUCACCACCCUCGUGGAUUUAAAAUGGCUCCAUACGCUCAUCAUUUUCACCAUGUCCUUUCUAUGCAGCUGGCUCCUUUUCGGGAUGAUCUGGUGGCUUAUUGCAUUUGCGCAUGGCGACUUGGACCAGAGUGGAGACGGCUUUGUCCCGUGCGUAACGGACAUUCACUCCUUCUCCUCCGCUUUCCUCUUCUCAAUAGAGGUCCAGGUGACCAUCGGCUUCGGGGGCCGGAUGGUCACGGAGGAGUGCGUCUCCGCCAUCAUAGUUCUUAUCGUGCAGAACAUCGUCGGACUGCUCAUCAACGCCAUCAUGCUCGGCUGCAUCUUCAUGAAAACGGCGCAGGCCAAUCGGCGCGCGGAGACGCUCAUUUUCAGCAAGCACGCAGUCAUCUCAGUCCGAAACAACAAGCUGUGCUUCAUGAUCCGGAUCGGGGAUCUGAGGAAAAGCAUGAUCAUCAGCGCCACGGUGCGGUUGCAGGUGGUCAGGAGAAGCACCACCACGGAGGGCGAGGUGGUGCCUCUGGACCAGAUCGACAUCCACAUGGAUAACCCGGUGGGCACCAACGGCGUCUUCCUGGUGUCCCCCCUCAUCAUCUGUCACGUGAUCGACAAGGACAGCCCUCUGUAUGAGCUGUCCGCUUUUGAGCUGCAGCACGAGGACAUCGAGGUGAUCGCGGUGCUGGAGGGGGUGGUGGAGACCACGGGCAUCACCACCCAAGCCAGGACCUCCUACGUGUCGGAGGAGAUCCUGUGGGGGCAGCGCUUCGUCCCCACGGUCUCCGAGGAGGACGGCAUGUACGCGGUGGACUACUCCAAGUUCGGUAACACCAUGAAGGUCCCGACGCCGUUCUGCAGCGCCAAGAAACUGGACGAGGUCGGCGGCAUCGCUCGCUUUAAACUCAACGAGGGCGUCACCUUGCGGGCGACUGUGAGAAGGCGGCGGCGCUCCGUGGUGGUCCGCAGGUCCCGGAAUGAGACUGAGUGA